AUGGGAGUUGUUUGUGUUUUUCCUUAUAUUAUUCCGGAAGGAAAGAGUGGCCUGCAAGUGGUUGAUUGUCUCCAGAAACAAGUUGAGCUGUUGGGUGCUGUCAAAGCAGGGACAUUUUGUGUUGACUGUGAAACGUAUCAAUCAAACUUUUCAAACACAACCACCCCACAGCGUUUAGUGCACAUUCUGCACAACAGUGAACAGCCUGCAACAUGCUUUGCCAUUGUUGAUACGGGUAACUGUUUGGUUGCUGACAGCCAGUUUGAUAUCCUCAUGCAGCGGCUUAAAGGUUUUUACCAACAAAGAAAAGGAUUUAAGAUCGAGUCAAAAGGUCAGCGUUAUGAAUAUGGAGAUUUCCUCAUUAAAAUUGGAUCUGUGCUCCUGGCUUCCAGCUUUAAAGGAAUUCUGCUUGAGGUUGAAUAUUAUCCUUGUGCUUAUCUUGGUGAUUGCUGGAAUUUAAUGAAGGAGCUGAUCCAAAGUGUUAUGGGUAAUGUUUUGGAAACACCCCCUGCUUUCUUGAAGCAAAAAUUCAACUCAGAAUACGGACCCUCGGACACAAUUCAACAGUAUUUAGAACAUUUUAAUGGUUUCAGAAAAGCAGCUUCUGCCAAUCAAGCACGAUGA